GUUGUUGUACAAAACAUUAUAAUGUGAUUGCGAUAAGUAACAUUAGUAUGCAGGUAUCACCGACUUGCUCAGUCAAUCUUAAGAUGUUUAGAGAGGGAUUUUCAAUAUGGCGUGAAGAUGAGCGUAGUAAAACGAGAACGAUCGGUUGAUACUGAGAGAGGAGAGCGCUGAAGCGGACUUGCGCCGCGUGAGGUCUCUGGGUUUGCCUUCCAGCGGGUCGUUACAGCCUUUCUCAUCUGGAAUCGUGCAGUUUUGGGGUACACCAGAUCAUGGGUGUCAUUGUCUGCUGUGUCAUUCUGUGUAUAAUCACAUUUUAAGGAUUCGUUAAACACUGUUUUACAUACUACAUUUUUACAGCUAAUGUUUUCUUUUAAUUGGAAUUUCUUUUUACCAUCUACGACGAAAUGGAUUUUACGUGUGUUUUCCGCGCGUGUAACAGGAGAGUGCUCAGAAGUGAGAAAAGGCCGUGCUUGUUCUAAAGACUUUCCAACAGAUGAUGUCUCGGUCUACGUUGACCGGAACUGACUGAGGUUCGAAGGGUAGAUGAAAGGGUGACACUCAGAAUGAGACAGGCUGGCAAUGGUGAUAACGCCGUCGUAUUUCUCGUUACCGUGAAGAGAACCAAAACGACAAUGAGAUGACUUGUCUGAUGUGUCACCAGCUGGUGGUACAUGUGUCGGGACCGCCAUCUCGCGACCGCCGCCAUAAUUUAAAUCGAUUAUUUAUAUUUUUUCUUAUGUGUUGCUGUUAUUGUACCGCGGUCGUGCAGCCAUUGUUGCAAUUAGAGGAACCAGAAUUGUUACUGCAACGUCGUGAAACGUCUGCCCAACAGGACUAUUAUCGUGAUGACGACGACCGUGGUUCAAUCAACGAAGAAGAGGGAGAGGAGACUAAUACUACGGAAUUGGGAUCAUUCUUGGGUGCACCUUGCGAAGCCACUUGUGAUCCCGACCUUCCCCAUGUCUUCUGUGACCAGAUCACUAGGCACUGUGAAUGCGAGAAGAAAUAUCCAGUCAAACUGGGGGCCAAAAAGGGAUGUGCCAAACCUGUGCGUCUGGGUGACCAAUGUUUCUACAGGCAGACUUGUGCUUUUACUGACCAGCAUGCCAUCUGUAUACAGAUCAAGCACAAUGCUGUGUGCCAGUGUAAACCUGGAUACCACACAGUGGCACUUCAGAGACCCACGAAGAAAGUUUUCUGUUCUGAAGACUUGGUGAUACUGACAACAGAUGUACCAACACUAUUUGGUGUUGCUACAGGGUUGGCCAUUUUUACAGCACUAAUUUGUUUUGUGCUGAAACUAUUCAGCAGGGCACGCUACUCCAGACCACGGCACUAUGCUAAUGCAAACCUUGCGCCUCCAAUCCUCUUCUCCAGUGAGACAGGGAUUCCUUUGGCGGUCCAUGGAGGACGUCCGUCCUCUCGGGCAUCCAGUCAGCGUAGUGUUGGGACUAUAGCGUCAGGUUUCUCACGGCGUCCAAGCAGCGGGGGUAGCCGAGGGGUGCUGGUCCCUGCGUCGCGAGCAGGUGCGGCACGCGCCGCCGCCAUCUUGCUAAUCUCAUGCCAUCUCACAACUACCGCGGCCACAGCGGCCUCUGAGCAAACUAGCACUGACGACAACAGUCAGCCAGACCAAGAGCAACAACAGCGUACCGGUAAACUUCCUCCGAGCGUUGAUGCGUUCCCCCAUAUUCACCAAAGUGUUUGUGGUGUUAUGAAAUUGGCAGUUGAACAAAAUUUGAUCCACAACAAUAAAUUGGUCUUUGAUCUGACUGUUGUGAGGACGUACUACUUUACAGGGAUUCCUUUGGCGGUCCAUGGAGGACGUCCGUCCUCUCGGGCAUCCAGUCAGCGUAGUGUUGGGACUAUAGCGUCAGGUUUCUCACGGCGUCCAAGCAGCGGGGGUAGCCGAGGGGUGCUGGUCCCUGCGUCGCGAGCAGGUUCUCGUCGUCCAAGCAUCACAUCUAUACACAGCAGUGCUUCUUCAUCUCGUAGUUACAGCGCUAGACGAUUUGAACGUGAAAAUAUGCAGAGGGAACAACGUCAAUUGCAGCUGCAGAUGCAAAUGCAAAUACAAGAUAAUCUGAAGCCAGGGACAGCACCAACACCUAGCCCGAAGACGCCAUUGUCAACAGAUGAACUCCUACCAUCAGUCAGUGAGGUCAGGGAGGAGAGCCAUCACUCCACACCAACAAUGAACAAUGUGAGCAGCAGCAGCAGUAAGGGCAGUGCCACUAUGAGCUACCAGGGUGAGAUAGGCCCCUGUACCUCCGCUGAUCUUCCCCCACUACGCUAAUUCUGUGCCACAAUUUUUAACUUUGUUACAGGAACACAUAGAAAGCACUAUGGAAGUGGAAUUAUUUUUAUGAAGUUCAGAUGUUAAAAAUGAGUCUUUCGGCCAGUGGUAUGUCAUCUACUCAUGCACCCCAGGUUUUAACAUGAAUUAAAAUUAACUCUUUUGAAAUUAAAAUAAUUCUCAAACUGCAGUAAUUGGGAGUCAUAAUGAUAGUUGUUUGUAUACAAAGCAACGUGAUGUGUGUGCUUUUUUUUUAAAGUGUUCUGUCUGA